GCCUCAUGUUGGGAUGUGGAGCAUCCUGCAUCGUAUAGGAACUUAUAAGUAUACUUUCUUAGUUACAGCAAACUUCAGUUGUUUCCUGCUGAUUGGUCUUUCAAAUUAAUUGCUUCUGCCACUAUUUAAAGGAUUUUUUGGUUAAGCCAGAACAAAAGUGGAGUAUCUGCUUUAAAGACUCUAUUUUUAGCUGACCAGUUUUCUUCAUUUGGCUGUUUCUUAGUGAUUGAGAAUCAGCACAUAAAUGGGGUUCUAAAAAAAAUGGAAUCUUGGAUUGCUACAAGAUAGUCCCAAGUGGGUAUCUCCUUUUUUCUUUUGUCUUUUAUGUUGUUGUCUUGAAUUUGGUGGAUUCUUGUUGAUAAAAGAUUAUGUGAAGUUCUUUUUCAUCUUAUUUUGGUAUAAACUGGGAGACUUUUUGGUUGUUUCUUGAUUCUUUUAGGCUUUUCUGUGUGUAGUGUUUGAUUGGGGGUGUACUAACAUAAGGGAAUUCCAUCCCCCAAUAUUGAUAUCUUCUUGUUGAAUAUAAGAAUCUAACAAAGUAGUUGGAAAACUUGAAACAAAGAGUAUUUAGAGAUGUCUUCUAGUUCUACAACAAACAAGACUAAUUGCUCAAGGAGCAGUUCAGCUCGAUCUAGGCAUGGUGCUAGAGUUAUUGCUCAAACCCCAGUUGAUGCAAAGCUCCAUGUUGAGUUUGAAGACUCUGAACAACAGUUUGAUUAUUCUAAUUCAGUUAACUUGUCUAAUUCCACUAGCAAUGUUCCAUCUUCAACUGUAUCUGCUUAUCUCCAGAAAAUGCAAAGGGGAAGUCUAAUACAGCCAUUCGGCUGUAUGAUUGCUAUAGAUGAGAAUUUCGCUGUCAUAGCGUAUAGCGAAAAUGCACCAGAAAUGUUGGACUUGACACCUCAUGCUGUUCCAAAUAUGGAACAACGAGAGGCUUUGACCUUUGGGACUGAUGUCAGGAAGUUGUUUCGUUCUUCAGGUGCUUCCGCGCUUGAAAAAGCAGCUAGUUUUGGAGAACUUAGUUUGCUUAAUCCUAUUUUGGUUCAUUGUAAAAACUCAGGCAAGCCUUUUUAUGCGAUUUUGCACCGUAUUGAUGUUGGACUAGUAAUAGAUUUGGAGCCUGUGAAUCCGGAUGAUGUACCUGUAACUGCGGCUGGAGCUUUGAAAUCUUAUAAGUUAGCAGCUAAAGCUAUUGCAAGAUUACAAUCUAUUCCAAGUGGGGAUAUAUCAUUGUUAUGUGAUGUAUUAGUUAGAGAAGUGGAGAACUUGACAGGCUAUGAUCGUGUUAUGGUUUAUAAAUUCCACGAGGAUGAACAUGGGGAAGUAGUUGCUGAAUGCUGUAAGCCUGACCUAGAACCUUAUCUUGGUUUGCAUUAUCCUGCUACAGAUAUACCACAAGCUUCAAGAUUUCUCUUCAUGAAGAAUAAGGUUAGGAUGAUAUGUGAUUGCUUAGCUCCACCAAUUAGGGUGAUUCAAGACCCAAGAUUGGCUCAGUCGUUGAGCCUUGGCGGGUCCGUGUUAAGAGCUCCCCAUGGCUGUCAUGCACAAUACAUGACUAAUAUGGGUUCUAUUGCAUCUAUGGUUAUGUCUGUGAUGAUUAGUGAGGAAGAUGACGAGUUGGAUAGCGACCAGCAAAUGGGAAGAAGAAAAUUGUGGGGUUUGGUAGUUUGCCAUCACAUUUCCCCUAGAUUUCUUCCUUUUCCUUUGAGGUACGCGUGUGAGUUCUUGGUUCAAGUUUUCAGUGUUCAGAUUAAUAAGGAAGUGGAAGUGGCAGCUCAAGUUAGGGAAAAGCAGAUACUCCGAACUCAAACUGUUCUAUGUGAUAUGCUUCUAAGAGAUGCUCCUAUGGGGAUUGUUACUCAGUCUCCUAAUGUUAUGGACCUUGUAAGGUGUGAUGGGGCUGCACUUUACUAUAGGAAUAAACUUUGGUUGCUUGGUGUUACCCCUACGGAGUCCCAAAUCAGAGAUAUAGCUGAAUGGCUUAAUGAAUCUCAUGGUGGUAGUACAGGUUUAAACACAGAUAGUCUCAUGGAAGCUGGCUAUCCAGGCGCUUCAGUGCUCGGUGAUGCGGUAUGUGGAAUGGCUGCUGUAAAAAUAACUUCAAAAGAUUUCCUCUUCUGGUUCCGCUCCCACACAGCUAAAGAGAUCAAGUGGGGUGGUGCGAAACAUCUUCCUGGAGAGAAGGAUGACGGAAGUAAAAUGCACCCAAGGUCAUCAUUUAAAGCUUUUCUAGAGGUUGUUAAGCGGCGGAGCCUGCCCUGGGAAGAUGUGGAAAUGGAUUCCAUUCAUUCCUUGCAGCUGAUAUUGCGAGGAUCUUUGCAAGAGGAGGUUGCUGAAUGUUCUAAAAUGAUUGUGAAUGUCCCUGCUGUAGAUACCAGUAUAGAUAAAGUGGAUGAACUUCGUAUUGUCACAAACGAAAUGGUUCGUCUCAUUGAGACAGCAUCAAUACCCAUUUUGGCUGUUGAUGCUUCAGGCUGUAUCAAUGGAUGGAACUCUAAAAUAUCUGAGUUAACUGGAUUGUCGAUAGAGAAAGCUAUAGGUGUACCCUUAGUUGAUUUGGUUAUUGAUGGUACAACAAAAGCAAUUGAAGGUGUGCUCUCCCUGGCAUUGCAAGGCAAGGAGGAGAAAAAUGUAGAAAUCAAGCUUAGAACAUUUGGUCCUCAAGAAAAUGUCGGACCAAUUACGUUAGUGGCUAAUGCCUGUUGUAGUCGAGACGUAAAACAAGAUAUUGUUGGAGUUUGCUUUAUUGGGCAAGAUGUUACUGGGCUAAAGCUGAUUAAGGACAAAUAUAGUCGCAUUCAAGGUGAUUAUGUUGGAAUCGUUCGCAACCCAUCUCCUUUAAUUCCUCCAAUUUUUGUGAUGGAUGAAAAUGGAAGAUGCUUGGAAUGGAAUGAUGCUAUGCACAAGUUGACUGGGACGAAGAGGGAGGAGGUCAUUGAUCAAAUGCUUCUUGGUGAGGUUUUCACAGUCAAUAACUUUGGUUGUAGGGUGAAAGAUCAAGACACAUUAACCAAGCUCAGGAUAUUAUUGAAUAGAGUAAUUGCUGGUGGGGAAGGUGAGAAGUUGUUUUUCGGGUUAUUUGAUAAACAGGGUAAGUAUAUUGAAGCCUUAAUCUCUGCAAAUAAAAGGGCUGAUGCCGAUGGUCGGGUAACUGGGGUCUUGUGCUUCCUUCUUGUUCCUAGUCCAGAACUUCAAUAUGCAAUGCAUGUGCAAAAGAUGUCAGAACAAGCUGCUGAAAAUAGUCUUAAAAAGUUGGCUUAUGUUCGUCUUGAACUAAAAAACCCUUUAAACGGUAUAAAGUGUAUUCAGAAUCUGCUAAAAUCUUCUGAUUUAAGCAAGGAUCAAACACAUUUGCUGAAGACAAGCACAAUGUGUCAAGAACAACUAGCCAAGAUCAUUGAUGACACUGAUAUUGAGAGUAUUGAGGAAAGCUAUAUGGAAAUGAAUUCUUGUGAGUUCAAUCUUGGCGAAGUUGUUAAAGUGGUCAUUAAUCAAGUUAUGAUUCUAAGUCAGGAGCGCAAGGUUCAGGUCACAUGGGACUCACCUGUCGAAGUAUCACAGUUUUACCUGAUUGGUGAUAAUUUGAGGCUUCAACAAGUCCUUUCUGACUUUUUGAACACAGCUAUCCUCUUUACUCUUCCCUUUGAAGACUCCUCUGUGCAUUUCAGAGUAAUUCCAAGGAAGGAACGUAUAGGGAUGAAGAUGCACGUCAUGCAUCUUGAAUUUCGGUAAUCAUUCUCUUAUCACUCAGCUUUGGAUUUAUUGGUUAUCUUGCAUGCAAGUCAUUUUUCAAAAUGAAGUCUAUGGGCCUGUUUUAGAUUGUAAGGAACUAACUACUGCUAAUUAUCUCAGCGUAAUUCUAGCUACGUUGUCAAGGUUGUGAUUGUACUCCUUAAACUUCUUUUGCUGUUUUAUGGGAAAACAUGAUUUUUUUGAAGUAUUGUUUGUGCGGCUUAAAAUGUUUAAACAGAGGAAAUUGCAGAAAUUUGACUAAUACGAGUACUAAUGUGACAAGGUGGGGAAGUUCCACUCAUCAUUUCCUCGAAGUCAUUUUUGCUCUAAUGACAUCCGAAGAAAGCUACUCUGGAUGAAACAUAGGAGACCUUUAAGUGAACAUGUAAAUUCUCUUGAAUUGGAGGUGACAGAUGCAUAUAGCGUACCUGCAGACCAUGCUGAAGCUGAAAAAGGCUAAAGUUUUUUGACCUGGUGAAGCAGCAUGAAGAUGCCCUACUGCGCGUUAAUCUUUUAACUCUCUUGACGUAAUAUGGGAUUAUAAUAAUAAACAUAUUAAAUAGGGGCAAUCUGCCUCAAAUUUCUUUUCCCUGAUUGGUUAUAAUUUACCUAGAAGUAGCAGAUGCAGUGCUUGAUUAGGCUUUUAGCAGUUUUCACUGAUUUGUAGAGACUUCAAGUAUUGAAACUAUCUGGAAUGCUCCUUUUCUGUCUCCCUUUUCUGGAAUUAACAUUACAUAUAUUAUCAUAAUAUCCAACAUUUUCUUCUU